CAUUUCGUUUUCCCUAGCCAUCCAACCAGCCGACAACGAUUGAGAAAAGCAAAAGAAAAAAGGGUAUAGCUAGGCAGAUUACAAACGGUGCUGGCUGAUUGAUAGAGAAACAUCUGCAACACGAAGCAAAAAGAAAGGAACCAAAAAAACACAACCGUGGCUUUUCUUCACUUGUUUUCUGGUGUAUCCUAAUGGCACAAAGUCCUGCCUAGCCAUCAGGUACCUGAGAGGUGUUGGGGAAAAACUGUUCCUUCUUGUUGACCUGUGUCGAAUUCAAGGGAAAGUUUUUUUUUUUAAAGAAAUCUGAAACUAAGAUACUCGGUUAAGAAUUGGAGCUUUGUUUGUGAAGACGUGUAAAAUCAGCUAUGUUGGCUCGUCUAGAAUGAUGCUGACUGAAACGUAAAAUCGGUGUUUCGAUUACCUACUAAAAACCGCGAAGACCUUUUCGAAAAUGGUCAAAACUCCGAUGGAGGAGAAACUCAAGUACUCGCUACUUCGAGAUCUCAACGACAGCCAAAGUAUAUGGACCAGAAAUGAAAAACGGACCUGGUUCUUGACCCUGUUGGCUGGAACAUGUAUGUUGUACUCGACGAGGACGACGAUGCCACUGCUUGUUCCGACAGUGGCUUCGGAGCGAAAGUGGAGCAAAACCGACUCCGGCACGGUGCUGAGCUCGUUCUUCUGGGGCUACACACUGACCCAGGUUCUGGGGGGUUAUCUUAGCGAUAAGUUCGGUGGCCAGAAAGUGAUCCUGCUGGCCGCUAUCGGGUGGUCGAUGAUCACCUUUUGGAUGCCAAAUAUCAUCACAUCAGCAUCGUAUCUGUCCAGCUACUCUAUUCCGUUCAUCGUAGCGAUCCGGAUAGUUAAUGGUGCCUGUCAGGGUGUUCACUACCCUAGCAUGAUCAGCAUCACUAGUCAAAAUCUAAGCUCGAAUGAACGGACCAGCUUCUUUAGUAUUCUUACAUCGGGAUCAGCCCUGGGUACUCUGCUCACUGGAAUCCUAGGAUCGUUCAUCCUAGAUUACUUCGGCUGGCCAACAGUGUUUCGGGUGAUUGGCUUUCUCGGAUUGACCUGGACCUUACUGCUGCGCUACUACACAAUAUCUUCAGAUCGGAAUCGAAUCAUAAAUCUUUCGCAACCGAGUCGGAUCUGUCCCAAGCUAGGCUCAACGGAAACCGUUCCAUGGUUGCGGCUAUUCGGUCGGGCUUCGUUUUGGGCCUGUGUCCUGGGACAUGCCUGUGAGAUGAACUGUUUUUUCGUGCUGCUGUCCUGGCUACCGACAUACUUUCAUGAAAAUUUCCCUCUUGCGAAGGGUUGGGUUGUCAACAUGAUCCCCUGGCUUGCACUGCCACCGGUAACGUUGUUCGGUAAAUUCCUCACCGAACGCUUGAUGGUUCGGCAAUGGUCCCUUACCCGUAUCCGUAAAGUGGUUCAGAGUAUCUGCUUCCUCGGCCAGAACGUGGCGCUCUUCAUCAUGUGUCACACAUCGGAAUUCAACACGGCACUGACCUGCAUGUCAAUUAUCAUCGGUCUCUCCGGAUUUCACAACAACGCUAUUACGGUAAACCCUCAGGACCUGGCUCCCAGUCAUUCGGGUAGCGUUUUCGGGCUGAUGAAUACGGUCGGUGCGAUUCCGGGCUUCCUCGGCGUUUACCUGGCAGGGCACAUCCUGGAGCUGACACAGAGUUGGUCCGCGGUUUUCAGCACCGCGGCAGCCAUCAACACGGUCGGUUGGGUUGUGUUUACGAUUUUCGGAUCGGCCGAGGCGAUUGUUUGAGUGAGCCAGCAGAUAGGAAGUGGGCAAAUUUGUCGCGAGAAUGUGUAGUUUGAGGGAAGAGUUUUUUUUAAGUAAUUGUACCUUUUGAUCCCUUAGAUAUGCGGUUAUAAUCUGUGACAUAUUCCUAUAUAGCUGGAUAAUGUUACCAAAAAACAAAUUCAAUGACUGGUUUUUUUCCUGCUGAAAACCGAUUGAGGCUUUCAGUGACGUCGAAUCUAGACGAAUCAGAAGCAGAAUGAUACGAUUCCAAAAGCACUCGAAAUAAAAAUUGAUAUUGUGCGUAAUUA